AAUAUCGCAAGUUGCCAAAGAUAAAUAAAAGUCGAAAUUUUCUCCGAUAGAAGAAGAUAAAAAACAAUGCUUUAGCUACCAAAUAUAACGACUUUUAGCUUUUGUUUCAUUUUGGAAUACAACGAACUUUGGCAUUACAUAAGUAGAUCAGAGAUUAUCUAGAGAGAGAAAGAGAGGCGAAGGAUGGCUGUGGUAGUAAAGGCAACUCCGUUAACGUUUGUGGUACACGCGCUUGCGGUAGCAUGCGCAGUAAUGGUAUUGGUUUGGUGCAUCCACUUCCGAGGUGGUUUGGCCUGGGAAGCUACCAAUAAAAGCCUCAUCUUCAACAUUCAUCCUGUUUUGAUGCUGAUUGGUUUCAUAAUACUUGGAGGUGAAGCAAUUGUAAGCUACAAAUCUCUGCCCUUCAAGAAAGAAGUGAAGAAAGUGAUUCAUCUAGUGCUGCAUGCUGUUGCACUAAUUCUUGGUAUUGUUGGUAUAUGGGCUGCAUUCAAAUUCCAUAAUGAGAGUUCAAUCCUGAACUUGUACAGCUUGCACUCAUGGCUUGGGAUUGGCAUCAUUGUCCUCUAUGGCCUUCAGUGGAUAUAUGGAUUUGUAACAUUCUUCUAUCCAGGAGGGAGCUCAUCCCUGAGAGCUGAUUCACUUCCAUGGCAUGUUCUCUUCGGGAUAUUUGUGUAUUCAUUAGCUAUUGCAAAUGCAGCAAUAGGGUUUCUUGAGAAGCUUACCUUCCUUGAGAGUGCAGGCCUUGACAAAGUUGGUGCAGAGGCUUAUCUUGUCAACUUCACUGCCAUCGCCACUGUACUGUUUGGUGCAUUUGUUUUGCUCACGGUGUAUGCUCAGAAGGAUCAGGAGCCAGAGGAGGACUAUAGCAGCUAUUCUGCUAUUUAAAAGUCUAGAUAUAGUAGUAUUCACUUAUAGGAGAUAGGGGAAGCAGGAACAAAGAAUAGCAUACCAUUCUGAAUGCUUGUUUCCCUGUAUUAUUAUUUUCGAGGUUGAUGUAUAGGCAUGUUGGUAUCAGCUACGUAGUAUAUUUGUAUGUAAGUGACAAUCUUGUUGGUGGUCUUGUAAACUGAAAAUAAUACGUAGUAGUACCUUUGUUGCUAAGUACAGUGAACACCUUUAGUUACACUACAUCUGGAUUCUGGAAUUGAUUGUUAUAUUACUAAUCCUAGUCAAGAUUGUUUUGCUCA